UUGAAGUGGUCGUUUAAAAAAUUUGUGUCUUGAAUUGAAACUCGGACUAGAAAAGGGUGGCCACUGGCCAGUAUACAAAUAAAACGUUUAAAAUCUAUCAUAGUUGUUGAGUCUAAAAAGUGAUUGUUUUUACGAUGAGUGAAACCGGUAACCGAUUGGAUCAGACAUGUAACGGAACUUUGCCCCACUUCCAAGAUGGUGAAAACAUCGUGGACUUUGUUCUGGCAUACGAAGAUAAGCCAGAAAUGGCCGAAAGGCGUAAGACCUUCGAGCGGAACCUGGAGAAGGCUGAGGGCCUGAAGGUCGAGUCCGAACGCUCGGAGGGUAUCCACUUCACCAAAAUUCACGUUCCACCGGACAUACUUGCGCGGUACUGCGAAAUCAUGCGUAUAAAGAUACCGAUCGCAGAACAGAAAAUAAGCACUUGCAUCAAGAAACCGAUCAAAGGUAAAAGUCAUAACGGAUUGACUGCGUCGUUGAGAAAGGUCCUCCCGCAGCGGAUAAUUGAUUUCCUAGGCCUCAAUCCCCAAUGCAAGACGGCGAUUUUGUACGAAUAUUCCCGAGAGAAGGGCUAUUUGUUCGAAAAAGAUCCUCUGAAGUCCAUCCCAGCGAGUGUUCGUACCUCGGUGGCACACUACAUUCUGAACAGAACGAAGAGUGGAGAAAACGAAGGAAGUCUAGAGGACAUCGGACUGACGAAGUUGCUGAAAGACGGAGUCUAUCAGGAUGCCUAUCCGCUACAUCUGGAUCACCCGGAAGAAGCGCAGCAGGAUGGGAAGCUGAAUCAACCGGAAAAGCACUGGGAUAGGCAGCGCUUACUGAAAGACUGGGCCUCCAUGGUCCACUGGAUAAAGUUACAACCGUUGAACGAGAUAAAGGAUUAUUUCGGCGAGAACGUGGCGAUGUACUUCGCCUGGCAAGGAUUCUACACGAACAUGCUGAUUUGGGCCUCGGGCGCAGGAUUGUUGUGCCUGCUGUACGGGCUGGUGACCUUCCGGAGCGACCGGGUCAGUCAGGACAUCUGCAAGGAUAACUCUACGAUCAUGUGUCCGCAGUGCGACAAACUGUGUGACUUCUGGCGGCUGGGGGAUACAUGCACGUCCUCCCGCCUAGCUCAUUUGUUCGAUAACAACUUUACGAUCUUUUUCGCAUUCUUCAUGUCCGUUUGGGCAUCGGUCUAUCUGAAAAUGUGGAAGCGCUACUCCUCAUAUAUCCAGUACCAGUGGGGCGUUCGGGACUACGAUGCCCAGGUGGAACCACCACGUCCACAGUACCUAGCACGGUUGAGGAGCCAAAACCGCAAGAACCCUGAUGACCCCGAGGGUGGCCCCGCCGACGCCGCCGCCACCGCGACACAGCAAGACAAUAAAAAGAUCGUCCUGAACACGUUGACUGGAAAGGAGGAACCUGCCCCGCGCUUUUGGACGCACAAGCUGCCCAGUCUAGUGUAUAGCUACUCCGUGAUUUUGCUUUUCAUCGGACUGGCCGUGGCCGCCGUUUUCGGCUUCGUAAUCUACCGAAUGUCCAUGUUGACGGCGCGCCACAUUUACGGAGAUCCUCAAGUGGCGUCCAACAGACGGCUCCUGUUCUCCUUGCUGGCCGCCGUCAUUGACUUGGCACUCUCGAUUGCGCUGGACUACGCGUACAAUGCGGUGGCCGUCCGGAUGACCAACAUCGAGUACCACCGGACGGAGAACGAGUACAACGAAAGCCUUAACCUGAAGAUCUACCUGUUCCAGUUCGUCAAUUACUACAGUUCGAUCUUCUACAUCGCCUUCCUGAAGGGGAAGUUCCCGGGAUACCCGGCCAAGUAUAACCGGAUUUUGGGCUUCCGGCAGGAGGAAUGCGACCCCGGAGGUUGCCUGAUGGAGCUGUGUAUCCAGCUGGCCACCAUAAUGAUCGGUAAACAGACCAUUUCGCUGAUUCGGGAAUUUACGAUCCCGUAUCUUCUGAGCAAGUAUCGAGAGCAGACGACGAAGACCAGUAGCUCAAACGAGAAAGAAACCUGCCGCAACCUAUGGACCAACUAUUCUCUUAACAAGUGGACAGAUCGAUGUGUUUUUGACGAUUACGUCAAAAUGGUCAUUCAGUAUGGGUUCAUAACCAUUUUUGUUGUGGCGUUCCCGUUGGCUCCGGUUUUCGCUCUGGUGAAUAAUGUUUUCGAGACCCGCUUGGAUGCGAAGAAGUAUCUGCAGUUCUACAAACGGUCGAUUCCGAAACGGGUUCGAGACAUCGGCAUGUGGUACGAUAUCAUGGAUGUGAUCGCCAGAAUCGCCGUAGUGUCCAGUGCCUUCAUCAUCGCUUUCUCGUCCCACUUCAUCCCGCGGAUGGUGUACAUGAGCGUCGUCGGCAAGAACCACUCGGACGAAGGUUUCCUGAACCACAGCUUGGCGCGCUUCGCUGUGAAAGACUUCCAACAAGGUGUCGCACCCUUGGUCACCAAGUUUUCGGACCUCACCGAGUGCCGCUACCAGGAAUACCGGAAUCCUCCGGGUGCCGAUCGGCCCUACAAGCGCCCGCUCAUCUACUGGCACAUUUUCGCCUUCCGGUUUGCCUUCAUAGUGAUCUACCAGAACGUGGUCAGCAUCGUGCAGGGACUGGUCAGCUGGGUUAUUCCGGACACUCCGACGCAUCUGCGGGAGCAAAUCAAGCGGGAGCAGUAUGCGAUCAACCAGUUCAUCAUAAGCGAAGAGAAGAAGAAAGUCAAGGAAAAGGGCGAUCAUGCGAUGCAACAUCAGCACAUGAACGGGUUGACGACACAGAACCAGGUAGAAUGAACUGUGGAAUCCAUUAUACCUACUUGUUUAAAGAAGAUGCAUUCCUAAUACCCCACGUCAAUCUAAUUAAAACAAAAUCAAAGCUCCUGGCAACGCAUCUGUAAGUGAGUUAUUGGUAUCUAGUGCAUAGACGCAGUAGCGCUCGAACAAUUUCAAUUUUUAUGCUCUCUACGUAUUAAGUUCACUUACAUAUUUUUGAAUAAAUAAGAAUACAAAACAGA